AAGCUUCACCCGCCAGUAGUCACUGACUCGCCAUAGAAUCACACGCAUUGCCGAGUGCACUCUAAAAAUACCGCCGCGAACCCGGCAUGUUAAAACGAACAAAAUAAACCAGACUUUUCAAUGACAAUAAGUAUGAAAAUCCAAAAGUGAUUGAACCAAAACAAUUUUAAAAUACCAAGUCAGUUAGUUCUAGAUUCUUUUUUGAUUUUCAAGUUAGUAUUAUAGUGAAUUCGCGGUAUUCUUGCUGUGUCCUAUUGUUUUGUGAAUGAACCAAUGUUGUACCUAUGAAAGGAUGUUAUCAUUACUGCACAUGGUACUAGGAAAUUGUAUUUUCUAAAUUUCAUGGGAUUUAAGAGCUGGUGUUCAGUUCGUGUGUGAUGGUGCGCAUGCUCUCAGUGCUGCUGCUGGCGGUAGCACUGUGCGGCGCCGCCACCACACUCGACUCCGAGCUCGGGCUUGGCAAGGCGAUCAAUAUAUUUAUGAGGUAUGGCUACCUCAGCAUCUGCAUGCGGGUGGUGCCCCGGAACGACACCGAAGGCUGGGUCUUCAGAGAGCCAACAGUCUCCGUCUUCCGCGAGGUGGAACAGUUCUCCAUCGCUCCAACACCCAGGCACGCGAAGACACUGUUCGACGGAGACUUCCAUAUGGAGUUCUGCGAUAACCUGAAGCAGCUGCUCCAAGCUUACUUUAGGGAUUUUACUUUUGAAAGACUGGAGCGACCAUGGCGCGCGUUCACCGCCGGCUGGCCGACGGACAUCAUGGCGCGGAACCUCGGCAUCAACUCCUCCUUCAUCAAUGGAGACCACUGCUACGUGCUCGUCAGGGUUUCCAGAUUCCGCGAGACAGCAAAACUAAGCGAUCUUCCCGGGAACAUAGCGGUUGAGGACGUAGUAUACGAUGCUAUCCAGGAGGCGGCGAUAGGCGACACGGCGUCCAUAGCCGACUUCAUCAGAAAGUAUGGCUCGCACUACAUCGCGUCCUAUAUCACUGGGAACUCGCUGUAUCAGGUAUUUGUGUUCUCUCGCGGCGUGUACUCCCGUAUCAAGGAGCGUGUGAAAUCCCGUGGUAUCUCUGACAUACCUGUGGCAGAGAUGAACAACUUCUUCUCGCCGCUCUUCGCAGAACACGUGGGCGCUGUCAAGGUGUUUGUGUUCUCUAGAACGGCAUACUCUAUGAUCAAAGAGAGGUUAAAGAGUAAAGGAGUAGCUGAUAUAACUGCUAAGGAGCUGGAAGGCUACUUCUCGCCGUGGCAUGCAAAACAUAUUGGCCAGAUCAAGGUGGCCAGUGGCAACAAAACAGUGGAAAACUGGGCGACCAAACGCCUAAGGGUCCAUUACUACAUUUUCUCCUACCCAAGUUUACUAAAGCUCCAUGGAGAACCAUCGCUCCUAAGAAGUCUAGACACGCUACUAGGAAAUGAAGCCUUAUUGCAAUUAGAAUUAAAAACAUUAUCCCCUGCAUUCAAAGACGUCAAGAAAAAGAAAUGGUUCGAAGAAGUCAUAGACAAUUAUUUAAAACUUUGGGAAAGUAACAUGUGACGUAGUUUAGUUAAUUAUCUAGUUUAAUAGUUAUUUUUGUGACGUAACUUAAAACAAGAUCUAUUAAGUUGCAGAAUACUAACAUUAGCCGGUCUUUGUUCACAAAUAAGAUACGGCCUAAGUUAGAAUUAUCACAUUGAAACAAUGCAUAAAAGUGGCUUGUAGCAACUUUUUGAAUACAACGAACAUAUUUAUUUUAUUGUGGAUUUUGAAUAAAAAAUAUAGUUAGUAAGUACAAUAAAAUGGAAAUGAAUCUAUGACAGAGUGACUAAUUAAUGUUUUAAAUAUAAAUUGUAGUGGAAAUAACAAAAUAAUGAUUAAUGAGUGAAAUGAAUCUAGAUACGAAUGAUUUUGCAUCGGUAGUUAUAUUUUUGUACAUACCUAAAUAGUUCAUUUUAAAUUACAAAGUGCCUUAUAUUCUUCAAAACUCAAAUUGUUAUUUAUCAAGGCAAUUUUCAUAUAAUACUUUUUUUAAUUUUAAUAUUACAAUUGCGCCAGAAGUCAAAAAACAUAUCCUUAUUUUAUCACAUUUUGAAACAUAUAGUGUGUGCAUUUAUUAAGUCGCUAGUACACAAAACGACCGACAGAGGCGCUACUGUCGAAUCUACUUUACAACAUUUUAUGCUCUUAUUGAAAUCAUCAGAAAAGACUUGAAUUGAAUUCUGUCCAUUAUGAUAUUAAGCUUAAUUUUAAAUGACAAUAAAAUAUAGUUGUAAUGUGCAAUAAUGGGUGUCGCCAAAAGCGGGAUCAAACACUAUAUGCAUUUAGUUUCGAAUAAGUAGUUAAUUUAUAAGUUAAGAACAUUAAGGUGGUGUAAAUAUUCUUAUUUUGAUAAAAAUAAAGUUAUUUUGUGACUGAA